GCCGCGGCGCCGCGGGUCGCAAAAAUCGACCUUGCCAGAUUUUCGUGGGUGAUCACUUGGCUCGUCAGGGGUAAACGUGAGAGCGACUCUUUCGAUUACAAACUGUCCCUCCGAGAAUGCCGCUAGUUGGACUUUAAUAUCGCACUUCAACUGAAGGAGACUUUCGGGAGAAUCAAGUCCAAAUCAUACGCGUCAGCAUGCACUCAUCAGUCGCAAGGUGCCUCACAGAGGUGGUGUCCGGUCAGAAGAGGUGCAUCUUUUCGUUUAUCAGCAAACGGAAUGCUUCAGAGGCGCCCUUCCAAACGAAGCCGUACAAACUGCACAGGCUAGAAACGGGGCCUUCUACGGAAGUGACCUGCUCGAGGGAGGAUGCGCUCACGCUGUACAGGCAGAUGUUCGCGAUUCGUCGCAUGGAGGGCACAGCCAACAGUUUAUACAAGGCCAAGAUCAUCCGAGGAUUCUGUCACCUUUACUCGGGACAGGAGGCUUGUGCAGUUGGCAUGCAAGCGGUGCUGGAGAAAGGAGACAGCGUGAUUACAGCCUAUCGUGCUCACGGGUGGGCUUACCUGCGUGGCGUGAGCAUGACCGGCGUCUUGGCCGAACUGACCGGCCGAGAUGCUGGGUGUGCCCGUGGCAAGGGUGGCUCAAUGCACCUCUACUGCGACGGAUUCUUUGGUGGCAACGGUAUUGUCGGAGCGCAGGUUCCCCUGGGUGCCGGCAUCGCCCUGGGCCACAAGUACCAGGGCACGGACCGAGUGUGCCUGACCCUGUAUGGAGACGGGGCGGCCAACCAGGGCCAGGUCUUCGAGGCCUACAACAUGGCCAAGCUGUGGGACCUGCCCUGCGUGUUCGUGUGCGAGAACAACGGCUUUGCCAUGGGCACCAGCGCCGAGCGAGGCGCCGCCUCCACCGACUACUACACGCGCGGCGACUACAUCCCGGGCAUAUGGGUGGACGGUAUGGACGUGCUGGCAGUGCGGGAGGCCUCCCGCUUUGCUGUCGACAUGUGCAGGAAGGGAAAGGGACCUGUAGUCAUGGAGGUGGCCACGUACCGGUACCACGGGCACAGCAUGAGCGACCCGGGAACCAGCUACCGUACCCGCGAGGAGAUUCAAGAAGUGAGGCAGACGAGGGAUCCCAUCACCUCUUUCAAAGACAAGAUAAUUACGGCGGAGCUGGUCACGAGCGAGGAGCUCAAGAAAUUGGAGCAAGAGGUGAAGCAAGAAGUGGAUGCUGCGGGAGAAGCAGCCAAGGCCGGCAAGGAGGUGCCUCUCAGCGAGAUGUACGGAGACAUCUACGUAAACCCCUUGGUGCCCGACAUCCGAGGCACCACGCCAUUUUCCGAACACAAGCACCUUAGAGUAAACCAGCCAUUCAACUUAAAUUAAACUUUUUUUUUUUUACUUUUUUUUCCAGCUGAUAUAGGUGCAUUAUUUAUAGCUACCUCUCUUCCACCCUUCAUCCAUUCUUUAAAGCCACAAGGAACUUUUUUAUAUAAUUGUUGUUACUAAGGUCUGUACAUCUUGCAAUGAAUCAGGUACCCUUGGUAAGCUGAAUCCCUUAGUGAUAGGUCGAUAAGAAACAAAUCCUUCGUAAUGUCCACUGAACUCAUACCGAUGUACAACUCGGAAACGCUGGACGCUUGGUACAUGUGCUUUGAUGAAAGAACUAGUGUGAUUGUGCAAUAAAGCCGAUGCUCUUGA